AUGAAUAGAAGUUGUCUGAUGCUUCUUACCAAGUCUGUUAUUCCUUUAAUUAUUUUCUUUGUCCUUUGUGAAAUUGCAGAGCCAGCAACGGAUAGUUCAGCAGGGCCAGCAAUAAUGCCUUCUGCUGAAUCUCGGGCUCUUUCCACAUUCAUACUCAACUUAGAGUUUCCGUCACAAUAUAAUCCAGAUCAAUAUUCCUAUUGUAACGAGGAGCAGGAUCUUGGUUAUGGCAAUGUCAUCAACUGCACCAUUAUCGACAAUACUUGGCACGUCACUAAAAUAGUGUUGAGGGAUGUACCUUUAGAUGGAUAUAUCAAUGCUGCUGUGAAAAAUCUUACAUACCUGGAGAUACUAGACCUCUCAGUCAAUAAGUUGACUGGGUCAAUACCUUCGAGUUUGGGGAAUUUGCGGUACCUAAUCGAUCUCUACCUGUAUAAGAACUUUCUCAAUCACAGCAUCCCACCAUCUUUUGGUGAUCUAUCAUCUCUGGAGCAAACGUAA